GGGCCAACCCUCCCCACCUCCAGAGGUCGGGCGUCACUUCCCCGUCCAGGAAAACCAGCGCCGCCGCCUCCUCCGCCCCCGUCCUCAGCCUCCGCCUCCCGGAGCUGCCGCCGCUCCUCCUCCGCGUCCGGGCGCCACCACCCCUCCGCCCCUUCAUCUCCUUCGGUCGCUCCGCCUCCGCCGCUCGGCCUCCCCGUCGCUGCGCCGCUCGAGUCCCCGUGCGGCUCGCGAGCACCUCCGCCUCCUCGUGAGUCCCCGAAUCGAAGGCGCCGCCGUCGCUCCGCCCCUACGCGGCCGCGUCCAGGCCGCGCCGCUGCUCUGCCCUCCCCGUCCAGGUCGCGCGGCGCCACCCCGUCCUGUCGUCGCGGGGCCCGCCUCCCCCAGCCGCCGGUCCUCCACCUCCCCGUCCCAGAUCCGGCGCCGCGCCGCCGUCCUCCGUCACCUCCCCCUCCCAUCCGAGAUCCGCAGCACCGCGUCGGUUUCUGCUCCGCCGCCAAGAAGGUGUUCCUCUCCUCCUCCUCCUCCUCCUGUCCUCGUGCUAAGAGACUAGCCGGAGCUUCAUUGUUAGUUUUUGCAAAUAAACAAGACAUACAGGGAGCUCUAAAACCAGCUGAAAUUGCUAAGGGUUCUUGGUGUGGAAGCAAAUGCAUGAUUUGUUUUUCAUAUGAUCCAGUGAGGGGAUUCUUGAUGGACUGACUGAUCUGGCUUAGUUCUAUCAUUGCUUAACUUGUGUAGAAGUUUUGAGCUGGAGUCAAAUUUUGAUAUCGUUUUUGAUAUAUGGACAGCGUGUUCGAACAUACUCACUGAAAUGGAUAAGAAGAAAGCAAUUGAUGAUACUGAACCAGGACCGGCUCCUUCUCGAGCUGUGGACAGAUUUGGUUUUAUAAAGCCAGAGCAAAGUGGCUCGCCUGAUGGACUUCCAAAAGGCAGAUCCAUACAUGAACGUGAGAGGGAGGAAAGAAGGAUAAGAAAAUGGAGGAAGAUGAUAGGUGUUGGUGGUAGUGACUGGAAGCACUAUGUUAGAAGGAACCCUCAUGUGGUCAAAAGGCGAAUAAGGAAAGGAAUUCCUGAUUGUCUUAGAGGGCUUGUUUGGCAGUUGAUUUCAGGGAGCCGAGACCUCCUGCUAAUGAACCCUGGGGUUUAUGAGACGCUGGUGAUAUAUGAGACAUCGGCCUCGGAAUUAGAAAUUAUUCGUGACAUAUCACGUACAUUUCCGUCUCAUAUUUUCUUCCAACAAAGACAUGGUCUGGGUCAAAGAUCCUUGUAUAACAUUUUGAAAGCAUACUCUGUCUAUGAUAGGGAUGUUGGAUACGUGCAGGGAAUGGGAUUUUUAGCUGGGCUGCUGCUUCUUUAUAUGAGUGAGGAGGAUGCAUUCUGGUUAUUAGUUGCCUUGCUGAAGGGAGCUGUCCAUGCGCCAAUGGAAGGCUUGUAUCAGGCUGGUUUGCCACUUGUGCAGCAAUAUCUGUCUCAGUUUGAGAAAUUAGUUAUGGAGCACAUGCCAAAAUUGGGACAACACUUUGUUGAAGAAAUGAUAAACCCAAGCAUGUAUGCAAGCCAAUGGUUUAUCACAGUUUUCUCAUAUUCCUUCCCAUUUCAUCUUACUCUUAGAGUUUGGGAUGUCUUUCUUUAUGAGGGUAUUAAGGUUGUUUUCCAAGUUGGAUUGGCUCUUUUGCGAUUCUGUCAUGAUGAUUUGGUCAAAUUACCUUUCGAGAAGCUCCUACAUGCCUUGAGAAAUUUCCCUGAGGAGGCAACUGACCCAGAUGUAUUAUUGCCAAUGGCCUUCACAUUUAAGGUGUCGAGUCGUCUUGAAGAGCUUCAGAAGGAAUAUCAGAAGGGACCGGAGGGCAGCAGUGAAACUUCAAGUAUCAAGCGGCACCAAGCUCUCAUAUCGAAGACGAUGAGCAGGGUCAGUAGCCGUGUCAUAUCUAACUUAACCGCUGACAAAAAAUGACAGGCAUGAUCUCUUGUUGUAAAACAAAGCAACACCUUGUUGCAACUUGUAUGUACAUUGUACAGAGAAUGGCCUUCAUUCGUUCAUCCUGUUGUUGCUCUGUUUUUUUUUUCGCUUUCAUAAACGGAAGAGGUAUAACUGCUCCUUUUAACAUGGGGGGUGGUGCAGCGGAGCGCCUGCUGUUGUUUUCAUCUCUGGACAAGUGCACAUACAUAUGGAUGGAUAGAUACAGUAGAGUGAUGUUUCGAUGCUUUCUCUGAGAAUCUGUCAUUUAUCAAUACAUGCUGCCAGUGUCUACCA